GAUGGUGGCAAAAUAUCCUUCAUUGGCCUAUGCACAUGGCAAGACACUUUGGAGCUUUUUUGUGUCCAAAUUGAGUCAGCGAUGCCGCACCAAUAGAUUUCAAAACAAUGCAAAAUCAACAAGACCUGCGCCUAAGGAUUCUGAAGAUGCACAACCUCAGAAGUUGUUCAAGAUGGCUAAUAAAUCAUCAGGUGUGACAUCAGAGAAAGAUUUUGCAUCCCAUCUUGAUGAAAUAAAGAAGGAAUGGGAAGGAAAGCAAUCAAUUACUCAUCUGCAAACUCUACUAAAACAGACAAGACAAUUCCGCAAAGAGUGGCAAACCACCUUGAAGCCUGGGAAGAUUGAGCCCAUUUUAGAAAAGUUCCCUUGUUUUGAGGAAGGAUGCUUUUUGGUGUAUGAAUUCUUUUGCCAACGCAGUGAUGAUCCAGAGGAAGCGAGGGAAGAAAUUGCCAGAAAUAUGAAAUGGAUAAUGCACACUGUCGUAUCUAAAAAAACUGCACCUGAGGCAUGUAUUAAUGGCUCCAGAAAACUCAAGAUGUAUAUUUUUUCAAUUUCUUGUUACAAGUUGCUUGUCAUAUGGCUUAUAUUAUUUAAUAUCAUAAUUUAA